AUGGCGACCGAGACUACGACGACCUCCGCCCUCACGGCUGCCCCCGAGGCCACGCCCACUACCGAAACGACUCCCGAUCUAUCAGCUCUGGCGACUGCGACUGCGACUGCGACUGCGACUGCGACUACGUCCGCGACCGCGACUGCAGACGAACUGGCCUCUACGUCUGAGGCCAAGCACGACGAGUCCGGCGCCGAGACCUCCUCAGAACAGGAGCAGGGCAAGAAGCGCUCUUCGUCGGUUGCCGACCUGAAAGACGGCGCGCCCCCGGCCAAGGUUACCAAGCGCAGAGCUGCCCGCGCCUGCGUGAGCUGCAGAGCCCGCAAGGUCCGUUGCGAUGUUGUUGAAGGUGCUCCCUGCGGCAACUGCAGGUGGGACAACGUCGAGUGCGUUGUUCAGGAGAGCCGUCGCCGAAAGAAGAACCUCCUGACAGCCAGCACGGCGGGGCACCAUGUUGUGGGAGCCGAGGCACAAUUACGCUCCAAGGGCGCAAACCCAAUCAACAUCCACAGCAGCGCGGAACUGCGCCGACCCAGCAAUGCCUCGGUGGCCUCGGUCAACGGAUCAAUCGCAGCAAAUCCUGUCGCGGCGACCACUGGUGUUGGCAUGGGUGCGACACCUAGCAUUGGCGCCGGAGCUGGAGCUGGACUUGGAGGAGUUGGAGUUGGAGUUGGAAUUGGGUCAGGCGUGCUUGGUGGCAUGUCGGUUCCCGGCGGCUCUUCUGACGGGCUUGAGGGUCACGUCCCUCACAUGAUCUAUCAACGAUCGGGCUACCGUCAUGACAGCGCAGCUCUGCUCACCAAGCUGCAGUCGGCUGCGGCCGCGGCGUCAGCAGACAACAACUCUCGCCGUUUGCUGUCCAAUCUGCUCGCCCAGGCUUCGCUCUUUGGUGGAAUGGGCAACGGUGGUGAUGGCCGAACGAGUCAAUUUCUCGCCUCUCUCGAAGAGCCUGACCUCCACGCCCAACUCCCGGCCUUUGUGAAACCACUUCCCGCCAAGAUCGCCCCAGAGGAUGUCACCUACCUUCACGCCAAGGGUGCCCUGUCUCUGCCUGCACUUCCGCUGCAGAAUGCCCUCCUGCAGGCCUACGUCGAAUACGUUCAUCCGUACAUGCCAUUGCUGGAGCUGUACGACUUCCUGGCCACCAUCAACGCCCAUGAUGGCUUGAAUGGUCAGAUCAGUCUGUUCUUGUACCAGGCUGUCAUGUUUGCCGCCACCGCCUUCGUCGACAUGAAGGUUCUUCGCGAAGCUGGUUACCCGACCAGAAAGGCUGCAAGGAAAGCCUUCUUCCAAAAGACUAGGCUUCUCUACGACUUCGACUACGAGUCGGACCGCCUCGUCCUCGUCCAGGCUCUUCUGUUGAUGACGUACUGGUACGAGACCCCCGAUGACCAAAAGGACACAUGGCACUGGAUGGGCGUCGCCAUCUCUCUGGCCCACACCAUUGGCCUCCACCGUGAUCCGGCUGCCACGAGUAUGCCGCUCAACAAGCAGAAGUUGUGGAAGCGCAUUUGGUGGUCGUGUUUCAUGCGCGACCGCCUCAUCGCUCUGGGCAUGCGCCGGCCCACUCGUAUCAAGGAUGAGGACUUCGACGUCCCGAUGCUUCAGGAGUCCGACUUCGAACUCGAGAUUCUGCCUGAGGACAACGGUGUUAUCCCUGCCGAGUGCACCCUCCUUCGCGAUGUUGCGAUGCAAAAGGAAUUGGCUGCUCUUUGCAUAUCCAAAGCUCAGCUGUGCAUAUGCAUCAGCCAUAUGCUUAAGGCCCAGUACUCUGUCCUCAUCCGGGACAAGAUGCGCCCGGAGAACACUGUCAACAGCACUAUGAUGCUGUUCCCCAACAAGAAGCUGGAUAACGUAGAGAGUGUCACUUCCGUUGAUUUGGAGCUCAUGGCCUGGGCGGACACCCUCCCACCCAUCUGCCAGUACAGGCCCUUGACCCCUCUGGAUGUCAAGAAUGGUCGUUCAACCAUUGCGGUUCAGCGCACGCUUCUGCACAUGGUUUACUACACUACCAUCUCGGCCUUGCACCGACCUCAAUUCUUGCCUUCGUCUCCUAUUCACGCGCCUACGACCUCCCGACAGGUGCAGGAGAUGUCUAGACUGCGCGUGCGAGAUGCGGCGAUGCACGUUACCCGAAUGGCGGCCGAGCUUCACCAGCUGCGCCUGGAGAGAUUCCUACCCACCACUGGUGUGACGGUUAUCUUGCCAGCAAUGAUUAUUCAUCUUCUGGAAAUGAAGAACCCUGUGUCGCAAUCCAGGGAUCGUGCCACGCGUGGAUUCCGUCAGUGCAUGCGCGUUAUGGAGAAGCUGCGCGAGAUCUACGCCGCGGCCGAUUACGCGACUGGCUUCCUCGACGCUGCCCUGCGUAAGGCUGCCAUUGACAUUAACCUCCAGCAGCCUACCGCGGCCAUGACCACGCAAAACCUCAAGCUGGCCGACCCGACUUUUGGCGCGCAAACUCCCCCGCCCGACAACCUACCCUACAUGACGUCUAGCGAGACCCUGUUCGCGGCGAAGCCUAACCCUCAACGCGACUUCCUCCCGCAGACGAUCAACGCUGCCGCUCUGGACUUGUCGGCCACGAGCCCGCCGCACACCGAGAACGAGUCUGCGAUGGGCGGCUUGACACCAAGCGCCAGCGGCGGUUCUGAGGAACCUGGUCCCCUGGACCUCGAAUUCCUCCAAAGCCAGGAAGAGAUCGACUGGAACGCCGUCACCGGCACUGAGUUUGACGUCGAUCAGUGGCUUCAGUUCCCUCCUGAAGGCGUCAACAACUCGGAUGAGGGCUUCAUGGCCAACGUCUUUGGCGAAGAGAGCAUGAAUGACGCCAUGAACUGGGCGUCCACCACAAAGGAGAACGAUGGUGCUGCUGAAAUCGCCACCCUCGCCUAA